GCGGCAUCCAACAUGGCGUCCCGGAAGGCGAACCUCAUUAGCGUACAGUUUGGUAUUUAUGAUGAAGUGAUAACUUUAUCAAAAUUAUUUUAGGUUUUAUUCUUUGAGGUAUAUUAACAACAUGUUCCCACAUACUUACUCGCGAUCUGGCCCGAUAUUUUUAUACUCUUAAUAUAUCUAUUAAAUACUUGUAGGCACACUUCCGGUACAUUCUUCCGUCUUUCCGUCAGUCUGGGUGUUUCAGGUUGUCAAACAUGGCGGUUCAGGUGUCAGAGUCUGAUCAGAUCAAACAGUUCAAAGAGUUUUUGGGAACAUACAACAAAGUGACAGAGAACUGCUUCAUGGACUGCGUCAAAGACUUCACCAGCAGAGACAUCCGGCCCGAAGAGUCGAACUGCUCAGAGAUGUGUCUUCAAAAGUAUCUGAAGAUGACCCAGCGGAUCUCCAUGCGGUUCCAGGAAUACCACAUCCAGCAGAAUGAGGCUUUGGCUGCUAAAGCUGGUCUGCUCGGUCAGCCUCGCUGAACUGGAUCAGACCAGACUGGACUCUCAUCUUCUUUGUGUUGAGACAUCGGAAAUGUUUAAUGUAAAAAGUAAAACCAAGUUAAUUGC